AUGUGGAAGCUGUAUAACAAGCUACUCGCUCGACAGCCGAUCCUGGUACAAAGCAUCACCACCGCUUUUCUUUUUGCAACAGGGGAUGUGGUUGCCCAGCAAUACGUGGAACGUAAAGGGAUGGAUAACCAUGAUACCUCAAGAACAAUGCGUAUGGCAGUAUUCGGUGGAUGCUUUGCAGGCCCUGUAUUGGGUAACUGGUACCGAUUCCUCGAGCUAAAUGUCAAGGGAUCAACACCUAUUAAAGCAUUGGUGAAGAAGGUGGCAGUGGAUCAAUUCCUUUGUGCUCCUGUUUUUAUCGGAAUCUUUUUCUCAGCUCAGGGUCUAUUGGAAGGCAAGUCGGUGAAUGAGAUCAAGGAGAAAUUGCAGCAAGGCUACACCACAGCGGUUCUUGCCAAUUAUAAGCUAUGGCCAGCAGUACAGCUCGUCAAUUUCUACGCUGUUCCCCUUUAUUAUCGCCUGGCGGUGACUAACGUGGUGGCAAUUGGAUGGAACGCUUACUUAUCAAACGUCAACCAACGCUCAUCAUCCUCCGUACCUCAACCUGUAGAAGUCAACGAGAAGGAAAACAUUGCUUCACCAUUGUAA